GGUCAGAGCUCAGAGAGAGGGCGAGGUACGUUGCGGCCGCGGUUGUUAGAAAUGAAACUAAAAUUACAUGACCGAAAAAGAAACUAAAUACUCAGUAAACACUACAGGAAGAGUGACAUUCUCGGGCAGGGGAAAGAGCCGAGUUACUAAAGACUGAAGAUGAUGAUGGAGGAAUUAAUGCAGCUGUCCUCCAUGUAGCUACUUGAUUACCAGUAAAAUAGGUGGGAUGGUGCGUGAGCGGUGUGUGUAGCAGGAGACGGCAGCAUGGCCCACUUCGAUACAGAGUACCAGCGCCUGGAGGCGUCCUAUAACGACUCUCCUCCAGGAGAGGAGAAUCUGUUGGUUCAUGUACCAGAGGGCUCGAAAUCUCACUGGCACCACAUCGAAAACCUGGACCUCUUCUUCCAAAGAGUCUAUAAUCUUCAUCAGAAGAACGGAUUCACUUGUAUGCUUCUGGGGGAAAUCUUUGAGCUGGUGCAACUCGUCUUUGUGGUUACGUUCACUGUUUUUCUGGCCAACUGCGUGGACUACGACAUCCUGUUUGCCAACAAGUUUGUCAAUCAUACCGACUCGUCCAAGGUGACGCUUCCUGAUGCGUUUCUUCCCGUGGAUGUGUGUCAUGCUCGGAUUCGUGAUAACAUCCUGGUUAUUUUCAUUCUGGUGAUAUCUGGGGUGUUCUGGCUUCAUCGUUUGGUCAAAUUUAUCUACAACGUCUGCUGCUACUGGGAGAUCCGCUCUUUCUACAUCAACGCUCUGAAAAUGUCAAUGGCGGAUCUUCCUUAUUUCACCUGGCAAGAGGUGCAGGCACGGAUCAUCGAGAUCCAAAAAGAGCAUCAGAUCUGCAUCCACAAAAAGGAGCUCACCGAGCUGGACAUCUACCACCGCAUCCUGCGCUUUAAGAACUACAUGGUGGCGAUGGUGAACAAGUCCCUGCUGCCCAUCCGUUUCCGUUUACCUCUGCUGGGCGAUUGCGUCUUCUACACGCGCGGCCUCAAGUACAACUUCGAGCUGAUCUUCUUCUGGGGUCCUGGGUCUCUCUUCGAGAACGAGUGGAGUCUUAAAUCCGAGUACAAGCGCGGAGGAAACCGGCUGGACUUGGCUGAUCGCCUGAGCUCCAGGAUCUUGUGGAUCGGCAUUGCCAACCUGCUCCUGUGCCCCGUCAUUCUCAUCUUGCAGAUCCUGUACGCGUUCUUCAGCUACACGGAGGUCAUUAAACGCGAGCCUGGUAGCCUUGGGGCUCGCUGCUGGUCCCUGUACGGCCGCUGCUACCUGCGCCAUUUCAACGAGCUUGAUCACGAGCUCAUGUCUCGCCUCAGCAAAGGCUACAAAGCCUCGUCCAAGUACAUGAACUGUUUCAUGUCACCUCUGUUGACAGUAGUGGCCAAGAAUGUAGCUUUCUUCGCCGGGUCCAUAUUAGCCGUACUCAUCGCUCUGACCAUCUACGACGAAGACGUGCUGGCUGUAGAACACGUUCUCAGCAGCGUCACGCUCCUCGGGGUUUGCAUUACAGUCUGCAGGUCAUUUAUUCCCGACAAGCACAUGGUGUUUUGCCCAGAACAGCUGCUCAAAGUGAUCCUGGCACACAUACACUACAUGCCAGACCACUGGCAAGGCAACGCCCACCGUUACGAGACCAGAGACGAGUUUGCUCAACUUUUCCAGUAUAAAGCUGUGUUCAUCCUAGAGGAGCUGCUCAGUCCCGUCAUCACACCCUUCAUCCUGAUUUUCUGCCUGCGCCGCAAAUCUCUGGAGAUCAUCGAUUUCUUCCGGAAUUUCACCGUUGAGGUGGUGGGCGUCGGAGACACCUGUUCUUUCGCUCAGAUGGACGUCCGACAACACGGCCAUCCAGCGUGGAUGUCUGCGGGGAAGACAGAGGCCUCGAUCUACCAGCAGGCAGAGGACGGGAAGACCGAGCUGUCCCUCAUGCACUUCGCUAUCACUAAUCCUCAGUGGCAGCCUCCACGAGAGAGCACGCAUUUUAUCAGCCAGCUGAAAGAGAAGGUGCACCGCGAGGCCACUGGGGGGCAGCAGGGGAACACGGCGGAGAACCUCGCUUCUGCUCAUUCACUGCAGUCCGAGUCUGAGCCUCGUAGUCUCAUCGCUAACCUCCUGGCCGGACCGCCGUCCUUGGCCUCGCUGCACUUGGGUCGAGACGGCUCCAUUAUCAACCACUUGUCGAUGGGAGUGAGUGAGGGUGCGUCAGCCUUGCGCUCCCUCUCCCCCCUCAGCACUAGCCUGCACCUGAGGGCCAGCUACCCUUCCACCAGGCCGCUCCGCCCGGACCACCCUGCUGUGGCAGCAGGAAGAGCCAUGGCAGGCUCCGGGACUGAUGCUCGCACUGUCAGCUCAGGUAGCAGUGCUUGGGAAGGUCAGCUGACCAGCUUGGUCCUAUCAGAAUACGCCUCCACAGAGAUGAGUAUUCACGCCCUGUAUAUGCACGAGAUGCACAAGCAGCAGUCCCGUGUCGAGAUCUCACGCCACACGUGGCACAGGCAGGAGAGCGACGAAAGCAGCGAGAGCGUCCAUGAUUACACGGAGGCGACGCGCAACCUGCCCCGCUCCAACACUUUCCCCUGCAACACCACUCCCAACCAGCAGGGGGCCACAGUCCAGAGCAGCGUCAGUCAGUACGUGGGAACUACAGCCUCUCGGGUCCAGCGCACGGCCCGGAUGCCGAUGGGAGGCUGGGAGGAGGAGCCUGUCGCAGAGGAGGGGUCUGAAGAUGAACUACCACCACAUGUUCAUAAGGUGACAUAAUGAAGAACCUCCCAGACCUUCAGCUUAACAGAUGGGGGGAGGAAAAAAAAAACAACAAACCACUGAAGACUGGAAAAUGUAUUUAUCCACCUUUUGAAAGCACUGACGUUUAAAACGGCUCGCCACUGUAAAUUACGACAUGUACAAAUAACUUCAGGAUGAAUCUGUGGGUAAAUAAUUAUCAUAAUCAUAGUCAUUAUCAUCAGAUAAAUCGCACAUUUUGAAUUACUUGUAAUUAAUUACCGGGACCUUAAGUUUAGGAUACAUUUUAAUUGUUUUAGCUAGGUGAAGUGUGCGAGGAAGCGUGGAGUAUCAUUUUUUUCUUUUCUUUUAGUGUUCAAAUUAUGCAAAUAGAGAUGCACAUUGAUGAUGAUAUCACUCUUAAAACUGAUAUCCAUUCCGUAAUUUUUCUGUUUGUUUGAUGAUUAAAAUCCAGAGGAAAAACUUGAGCAUUUCUUUUCCAGCCAGAUGCAGGUUAUUUAUCAAAGCAUGGCUCUGGCAAACCACAAAACAAAACAUGUACACCGAGACUUGCAUGUUCUUUACUCUCUCUAAAGUUUGCACACAUGAGAAUGCACUUUAGCUUCUUAUCAAAUCCAAAGGAUCUUUUUAGCAUUUGGAUGUUUUUUUUUUUUCUUCUCCCUCUAUACAUACAUUUAAUUUUGUGCCACAUUGUAUGUACAGUAUGUAAGAACUCCAACGAGGGUUUAAGAUUAUGAUCAGUGAGGGAACUGGUGCUUGAGUACAUCAUAAAAUGGACAGUGAAGCUUUGCAACUCAUUGCCAUAGGAAAUGUUGUUUUUUUUUUUUUCUUCUUUUUUCGUCGUGUACAGACAAGCUGUAUGUGUGCUUUACGUUUAAAAAAAAACACUUCAGAAAUGCAGUUGAUGCAUGAACAUGUUAAAUCAUUUUAUCAGGUGUGAACUAACUUAUGAGAUACGUAUACGUGUACAUCUUGGCAUAUUUUAUAGACUUGAGUUGUAAUAAUGUAAAUUUGUACAGUAUUGCUGUAAAUUCACUUCAAGAACGUGAUCAAUAAUUUGUGCAUUCAAAA